CUCCGAAGCAUUCCUGUCCCCAGUCCCCAGAACGCCGAAACGUCCCAAAGCAAUCGGGAAUUCGAAAAAAAAGAAAACAAAAGCGGAGAAGGCGAAUACGGCGCAGCAGCACACGCGCAAUGGAAGGCUCGCCGGCGACGCGCCUCCCGGAGGCGGACUCCCUCCCCGACGGCUUCGUCGAGAGCUCCGCCGCCGACCAGGCCCCUCCUCCCUCCCCCGCGCCCAUCGCUGAUGAUCCACCGCAUACCGCUCUCGACUCCGAUCUCCACCCCGCCAUCCUUCCCGGCGGCGGGGAAACCCUAGGCGCACUCUCUCUCCCCGCCGCCGUCGGAGAGGCCCUAGAUGCCUCCUCGGCCGCCGAUGCCCUGCAGAGCGUCGCUUUGGACGCCGCCGCGGAGCCGGAGCGGGCUCUCGGGCGGCACGGACUAGCCAGCGACAGCCAAGAUGCUAAAGAGUCCUUGAAGGAGAUCAUUGCCACAGAGCCAGCGGAAUCUACAACUGAUCAAAAGGAGGGUGGUGAGCCAAAACGCAAGGUUGUGAAGCGCAGUAAACUAGAGAAGGACAGAGAGCUGUUGGAGCUUGCCCAGCGAUACCACAAAGUGGUGGCAGAGAGGGAUGCUGCCCUUGCAGUCAAAGAAAAACUGGAAUCUCUUUGUAGGGAGUUUCAACGUCAAAACAAAAUGCUAAAGGAAGAGUGCCGGAGGGUGUCGACAGAGGGGCAGAACAUGCGUAUGGAACUGUCUGACAAAUUCAAUAAUGCUAUAAAGGAUGUGAGCAUCAAGCUUGAGGAGCAGAAAAAUGAAUGCAUUGCUCAGCUAGAAGAGAACAAUUUGUUGAGAAGUAAACUCAAAGGCCUUGCUGAUCAAUAUAAUAUUACUCAGCAGACAUAUGCUCACCAGUUGAAAGAGAAGAUGCUGGAACUUGAGCUUGCUGAUCUGAAAAUUCAACAACAUCAAGAGAAGGCUGCUCAGGAACAUACCCAAAUGCAGUUAUAUGCUGAGCAAGUUUCUCAACUUAUCACUACUGAGAAGAACCUGCGGUUGCAACUAGCUUCUGAUGGAGAAAGAUUUCAGCAGUUUCAGGAUACCCUGUCAAAAAGCAAUGAAGUCUUUGAAACUUACAAGCAGGAGAUGGAAAAGAUGGUGAAGAUGAUAAAGAAUCUGAAGAAGGACAACGAAUUUUUGAAGGGAAAAUGUGAGAACUCAGAUAUUGCUCUCGUGAAGCUCAUUGAAGAGCGUGAGCUAACGAAGAAGCAAAUAGAGAAGUUGAAAAAUCAAAAGGAGAAGCUUGAAUCCCUGUGUCGAUCACUACAGGCAGAAAGGAAACAAGCCCCCCCUGGUAGUAUUCCUGAUGCCACUUCUAACCAAGCAGAUCUGGCAAUGGCAAGUCAAGGAUCAUAGUGCUUAUGUGCUUCAUGGUGUGCAUGCAAAUAUAGCAUUGGUGGCCACCUACAAGUUGCCGAGAUUUCUGAAGCCUGAGAAACUUUUAUCCUCUUUUGCAUGUGAUUUGUGAGAGUUCAGGACACGUUUAUCACACACCCAACUAUUGCCCUACGUGCCUUGCUGUUCGGGAGUACGGAGAGCUUGAUACUUGUCCAUCUCUAGCGUUUUGAGAUUGUAGCCAGAGGUGCAUUCCUCCACAGCAUGUCAGCAUGCUAGUGACUUAUUACUACAGGCAUAUCAACCUCAACUGAAUAUAACUUUGCGGGUGUUUAUCA